CCCUCCCUCCCUCUCUCUCUCUCUCUCUCUCUCUAUCUCUCAUGGCGAGACCGCGCGGCGGGAUCUCUGCGAGAAAGCCGGCGGAUGGCGAAGUGGAAUUCCACGCUGAUGAGGCCGAGAUGAAGGCGAUGGUAGGCGUCAGCUCGAAGGCGGAGCUGAAACGGCGUAUGAAGGAGAGCAAGAAGGCCAAGUCUGGCGGCUUCGAGUCGCUGGGGCUCUGCCUCGAGGUCUACCGUGGCGUUAAGAGAAAGGGAUACCGCGUGCCGACCCCGAUCCAGAGAAAAACGAUGCCGCUCAUCCUAUCCGGCGCCGAUGUGGUCGCGAUGGCCCGAACGGGGUCCGGGAAGACCGCCGCCUUUCUCGUUCCCAUGCUUCAGAAGCUCCGGCAGCAUGUGCCGCAGGCCGGCGUACGUGCGCUUAUCCUAUCGCCCACUAGGGACCUCGCCAUGCAGACGCUUAAGUUCACCAAGGAGCUCGGCAGGUUCACUGAUCUUCGCACCAGUCUAUUGGUUGGUGGUGAUAGCAUGGAAAAUCAAUUUGAAGAGCUAGCACAGAAUCCUGAUAUUAUAAUUGCUACUCCUGGCCGACUUAUGCAUCAUUUGUCAGAGGUUGAGGGUAUGUCACUGCGUACUGUGGAAUAUGUUGUAUUUGAUGAAGCAGACAGUCUCUUUGGAAUGGGUUUUGCCGAGCAGUUGCACAAAAUUCUUUUACAGCUUAGUGAGACACGUCAAACUUUACUUUUUAGUGCUACCAUGCCAAGUCUACUCGCUGAGUUUGCAAAGGCUGGUCUUCGCGAUCCAGAGCUUGUGCGACUUGAUCUAGACACUAAGAUUAGCCCAGAUCUUAAGAUGGUAUUCUUCACAAUGCGUCAUGAAGAGAAACUUGCUGCUUUGUUGUACUUAGUCAGGGAACAAAUUAGUUCUGAUCAACAGACAUUGAUAUUUGUUAGUACCAAGCAUCAUGUGGAAUUCCUAAAUAUUCUUUUUAGGGAAGAGGGUAUUGAAUCUUCUGUCUCGUAUGGUGACAUGGAUCAGGAUGCUCGAAAGAUUCAUAUUUCAAGGUUCAGAGCACGAAAGACUAUGAUUCUUAUUGUGACUGACGUUGCUGCAAGGGGCCUUGAUAUUCCCUUGCUUGAUAAUGUUUUGAACUGGGACUUCCCUGCAAAACCUAAGCUUUUCGUACAUAGAGUUGGUCGAGUGGGUCGGGCUGGUCGAACAGGUACUGCUUAUUCCUUUGUUACAUCAGAGGAUAUGCCUAACCUAUUAGACUUGCAUCUUUUCCUUUCUAAACCACUUAGACCUGCCCCUACUGAGGAGGAAGUUCUCGAUGACAUGGAGAGAGCAUACACAAAGAUUGAUGAAGCAAUUGCAAAUGGAGAGACGAUAUAUGGUCGUUUUCCUCAACCAAUUUUAGAUCUUACUUCUGAAAGACUUCGGGAGGUGAUUGAAGCAAAUGCAGAGCUAGUUUCAUUGCAGAAGGUGUCUACUAAUGCAUUUCGCUUAUAUUCUAAGGGGAAGCCUUUACCUUCAAGUGAAUCCAUUAGAAGAAUGAAGGAUUUACCUCGUGAGGGGCUGCACCCAAUCUUCCGAACUUUACUUGGACCAAAUGAACUUGCGGCACUAGCUUUUUCUGAACGAUUAAAGGCGUUUAGGCCAAAGCAGACUAUAUUAGAGGCUGAAGGGGAAGCUGCAAAGGCAAAAAAUGCACAAGGUUCAAAUCAAUGGCUUGAAGUGAUGAAGAAGAAAAGAGAAGUUCAUGAAGAGAUAAUUAAAUCGGCACACCACAAGCGUUGUAUGGAUCAGGCAAUGAAGGAUACAGAGAUGACAAGUGCUCCACUAGUUGAGUUGGAGAAAAAAGAAGUACGCAGUGCUAAAAGAAAGGUUGUCAACUUUAAGGAUGAUGAAUUUUAUAUAAGUGCAAUUCCAACAAAUCAGCAUCUGGAAGCUGGGCUCUCAGUCAAGAAUGAUGAAGGAUUUGGAUCAAACAGAUUGGAUGCUGCUGUUCUCGAUCUAGCUGCUGAUGAUAGGAGUGGGUUACAGAAGCAAAAAUCUCAAUUUCAUUGGGAUAAGAGAAGCAAAAAAUACAUAAAGUUGAACAAUGGAGAUCGAGUCACAGCUUCAGGCAAGAUCAAGAACGAAAGUGGUUCCAAAAUCAAGUUUGAUAAAACAGGAUUGUACAAAAAAUGGAAGGAACGUUCCCAUCGAAAAAUAUCUCUUGGAGGAACAGAUACAGAUGAAGCCACUGGGUCAACAGAGAGGGGAAAUAAGCUUCUACAACAGCAGCAUUUCAAGGGCGGAAGGAAACGGUGGUCCCUCCCCAAUGCCAAUGUACCAUCCGAGCUGAAAGACCCUGAGCACGUACGGAAGAUCAGACAGAAGAAGGCCACCAAAAUCAUGCGUUUGAAGAGCAAACCCUCUAAAGGCAUCAAGGGGAAAGGGAAAGGGAAAGGGAAAGGGAAAGCGAAUGGAAAGGGGAAGAAAUUUGGGAAACAUAAAGGCAGGUAAGCGAGAAAGCCAAUGAACUAUGAAGGUACUCGAUACAAUUCAUCAGACAAGUUUUUCCAGUAAACUAUAACUACCAUAGUCAAUCUUUGAACUGCACAAACCUGUUUCUAAUCCAUGUUCGACAAAAACUUGGCACGGAUGUGGAAAAUAUAGUAACUAAACUUGUAAUUCAAUUUUGACUGAUCAUUUAUCUUUGUAAGCUACAGCGUCUAUGAUUUACAGUUUUUUCUGUUGAAGAAGUUCAUGAAUAAUGUAUUUUUAGUGUU